AUGACAGAGAAUCGCAUCCGAGUGCUCACUCUGAACUGCUGGGGCCUGAAGUAUGUCUCCAAGUUCAGGUCAGAACGCAUGUCUGCCAUUGCGCAUGCCCUCGCCUCUUCCGACUACGACGUGAUCACCCUGCAAGAGGUUUGGGUCUUUGGAGACUUUGAGAUCAUCCGGGCAGCAGUGUCGAACCGGCUGCCCUACUCCAAGUUCUUCUACAGUGGUGCGCUAGGAGCAGGACUGGCCGUCCUCUCCCGGUUUCCCAUCAUCGGUGCAACGAUCAACCCGUACUCAUUGAACGGCUCGCCUAUCGAAGUGGUGCAAGGAGAUUGGUUCGUUGGGAAGGCCGCUGCAAGUGUGUUAGUAGCACACCCUGUCCUCGGUCAGCUCCAAGUCUUUAAUACGCAUCUGUUCGCCCCGGGCGGCGACUCAGGCCCCCUCCACCUACAAGCGCAUCGCUUAGUCAAUGCCUGGGAAUUGGCUAAGCUUGCACGACAAGCAGCCGAAGUGGGCCGCUAUGUCAUUGCCGCUGGUGACUUCAAUAGCUCCCCAGCGUCGCUCCCCAUGAACCUCAUCCAGGACCACGCCUCGCUCCGUGAUGCCUGGGUAGAGUCCCACCCGAACAGCCUGGCCGUACCAAACGGGAUCCCAUCUCCCCUAGAUGCAGUCAGGAUCUUCGGCAUAACGGCCGACUCACCUCUGAACUCAUUCUCUGCUGGGAAACGCUUGGAGGCGAUGGCCCGGAAGUUCCAGGGCAAGCGGCUCGACUACAUUUUCUUCCGCCAACCUAGCAGUCCACCGGCGAGCGUCAAAACGCCCAUCCUAAAGGUCCUGGACACGAGGGUCGUCUUCACGGAGAGGAUUCCUGGCAGCGACUUCUCUUACUCAGACCACUUCGGGCUGGAAGCGACCUUCGAGAUCAGCCAUCCCGAGGGUGGAGACUUGGCGGACUCGUCGGAGACCCAUGUCCCGGCACCCGUAGAGCCUCCAGCACCGAACUUCGUGCUUGCGACAGUACCGAACCCCGCCCCCGCACCUCCGCGAAAGCUGUCACCAGAUUCCAUCACCGAGAUUCUGCAAUCGCUCACGGCAUGCUACCGCUACUCACAGUACCGGGCACGUUCCCAGCUGACGGUCUUCGCUGUGUGUAUCCUCCUGCUCCUCGUGAUCCUGAUAGGCUCAGCGUGGCUUCCCGUCUCCUCGUUCAAUCCUCUCAUCAUACUCAUCACGAUCUUCUUGGCGUGGGCCGCCACGACAUUCCUCUACGUCGGGUUCGUAUACGGGAAAUGGGAAGUCAAUUCGCUUACGAACGUCAUCGAGGAGCUGGAGAUCUACCGGGACAGUCUCCUAGAGCACCAAGGUCGCUAG